CUUUCUCACCUCUCCCAAUUCUCUUCUCUUCAUUAUUUAGCUUCUCAAACCCUUCUAUAUAAGAUCAUCAAACCAAUAUAUAUAUAUAUAUACACAUACAUGAAGAAAGAAAACAAAGAGAGAAAAGAAAAUUAAAGAAAGAAAGAAAAUACAAUGGCUACUACUUGUUCUUCAUCUUCUUCUUCAUGGUCAUUAACCCGAGUUGCGGUGGCGGCGUGGUUGUGCGCGGCGGUGUUUUCUCUCCAUUUCUCGGCGGCGGUUUCGAAUGAGUUUUCGGUGGGGGGAGACAAGGGUUGGGUCAUUCCCAAAGAAGACAACCCUCAGUUCUACAAUGACUGGGCCUCCAAGAACCGCUUCAAAGUUGAUGACACCCUUAAGUUCGAGUACCGCAAGGAUUCGGUGUUGGAGGUGAGCAAGGAGGAGUACGAGAAGUGCCGGUCGUCCGGCCACCCCAUCUUCUUCGACAACCGCGAGCACACGUCGUUCAAGUUGGACCGGUCCGGUCUCUUCUACUUCAUCAGCGGCGUUUCCGGCCACUGCGAGAGAGGCCAGAAAAUGAUCGUCAAGGUUUUGGAGACCGAGAACCCGCCUCAGCCCGGCGGCAACCAGCCGGCGGACGGCAACUCCCCGCCGGCUUCUGGCGGCGCGGCGGCGGUUCUUCGAGGCUCUCCGGUCCGGUUCGUGUUCUUCUCCGUCUCACUCCUCGGGUCCACCAUCUUCAUCAACGCCAUGUGAUCUUUAAUAAAUUAAUUAAUUAAUU